GCUUCAUGAUGCAGGGACUUUUGUGUUUUGUUCAUUGUGGUUUUUCCAAGUGCCCAGGGCAGUACUUGGCACAUAGUGAUGCUUAAUAAAUAUUUGUUGAGUGAAUGAAUGAAAAAACCCAGUACAUGCCUCCCCAAAUUCUGCUGAAAAGCAGUUAUGUUCACCACUAUACUAUCGAUGCCACCCCAAAUCCCACCGAAACAAGGCCUUUGGUUUAUAUUUUCUGGCAGCUGAAACUAUGGGUAUUUUGUUGUAGAAAGUCUGUUGAGAAGAGAAGCAGUAUAUAGAGUGUUAUCGUCUUCCCAUGUUGGUUAGACUGACCUAUUUCUCCAUUAGAGUAUUAGUAAUAAAUGCCCAACACUUUACUGAAAACAAAUAACCAUAUUCCAUUUUUGCUUCUUAGUAGCCAAAGCCUUGAGAUUCACACUUACACAAUGAUGACUUCCAAACUCCAUCCUGACAGAUACUUCUAGAGCUGUCAUAAGGCCUAUGGAGAACAUCUGGUCAAUGUGUAGGUUAAGUUGUCAGUGAACAAUUAUGGUGCCUCUGAGCCAUGUUAUAAAGCAAGGCAUUGGGCCUCUCCAGUGCUGCAGCGUGUCCGGGCUGUGUGGGAUGCAAAGUGUGUGCAGGAAACACAGUCACACUGUGGUUUUACACGGAAGCUCAGGUUGCCUCUUAUGAAUAUGCAUGAUGGGGCUGGAUCAUGCUCUUGCCACUUGAGUUUACUUGAGCUUAACUUAACCCCCACAUACCCAUUUCCUGCCUAUCAUUUGAAGACGUUCCUUGAGGAGGUUUGAAAAAGUGAGUUGUUUCUCCAAUUGUGGAGCAUUUUCCUUUUUUUUUUCUCUUAAAGAUGAUGACAAACUGCACCCUGAUUUAUUUUUAUUCACUGUGAGUCACUUGCUAGUCUUAUUUUAUAGAUAAUAUUUUAUACCUCUUGCUUAGAAGCAGACGGGAAAGUUCAAGGAAAUACCCCCUUCAUCAGAGGAAAAGUACUCCGAUCUAGACUGCUAUGAUGGUGUCCUUGCUGGAGUCCUGAUAAGCAGUCCUGUCAGGGGGAAAGGAACAGAUGGCAAAUGGUCUUUGCAGAGCAGAAUUUAGAGUGUUUUUUUCUUUGUUUUAGAAGUGAUUGUUACUCUGCAUUUACUGUGAGCUCUGCGUACUCCUGAGAAUGCAGAAAAUAAGCUGGAAACUCUUUCCUAUUCUUCAUAAAACAGGUCACUGGAUGUAAAGGGUACUUGGCCAACUGGGAGCUCACACACACACACACACACACACACACACACACACACACACACGCGCGCCAAUUGUUGUUACCGGUUAUCUUUAUGAGAGGAAAUGGGGGAGGGGAGAGGAGCUCUAGCUGCUCUGUUGCCAAAAGGCAGUGCUCCAGAAAGCCGAGGGGAGCCGCAUGUGCUGGGAAAUGCCAGCAUGUGUCGCUCCCCAAUCUGGCGUACAGGCUCAACUCCUGUUUGACAUACUUUACAAAGCAGACAGGGACUGGCAGGGGUGUUUCCUCCGGACAGACAUUAAUGAGUGAGGAAAUGGGCACAUGUAGGUUGCUAUGCAGUUGUUUUGCUGUUGAUGUGGGAGCAAAGCCAGACAGCACUUAGACUCCGGGAAUGCUCUCAUGAUUUCAUGGAGGUCCCUACCCUCCCACACCAGAACUCAUGCUCAUGGUUUUUCCUUGAAUGACAACAGUUGGGGAGAAAAUGUGCCUUCAUCUAGAUGUGCUGCUCUUGUUUCUCCUUGGGCUGUCAAUCUCUUUCCGAGAUCUGUUAGAUGAGGAACUUGAGGCCCAAAGAGGUGAAAUGAUUUGCCCAAAGCUACAUUACUGAAACAGCUGACCCUUGACCAACAUUACAUGAUUUGGAGAAAUAAUUGGAAGUCUACCACAGGGAGACUAAAUGUAAAACUCCAAUCAGAUAAAUUACAACACGGAUGUGGCCCAGAUUAUUCAUCAGCAUGGCUACCUGGUAAUGAAUCAUUGUGGCAGGCCACAACUAUUCCAUCUAACCAUCGAAAUAACCAUAUCAGGAGACACAGUAUAGCUUCUGACAGUGGAGACACUGGCAUUGGAACUUCCUGUUCUGAUAGCGUGGAAGAUCAUUCAACUUCAAGUGGCACAUUAUCUUUUAAACCUAGUCAAUCAUUGAUUACUCUUCCUACUGCCCAUGUGAUGCCGUCUAAUUCCAGCGCUUCAAUUUCCAAACUUAGGGAAUCCUUGACACCAGAUGGCUCAAAAUGGAGUACAAGCCUCAUGCAAACAUUGGGAAACCACAGUAGGGGGGAGCAGGACUCUUCACUAGACAUGAAGGACUUCCGGCCACUUCGGAAAUGGUCAUCUUUAUCCAAACUCACUGCCCCGGAUAACUGUGGCCAGGGUGGCACUGUAUGCAGAGAAGAGUCAAGGAAUGGUUUGGAGAAGAUAGGGAGGGCUAAGGCUUUAACAUCACAACUGAGGACAGUUGGGCCUAGCUGUUUACAUGAUAGUAUGGAGAUGCUUAAGUUAGAGGACAAGGAAGUAAAUAAAAAACGGUCAUCAACUCUGGACUGCAAAUAUAAAUUUGAGAGCUGUAGCAAGGAGGACUUUAGAGCCUCUUCCUCAACUCUUAGGAGACAGACUGUAGACAUGACAUAUAGUGCCUUACCUGAAAGCAAGCCCAUUAUGACAAGCUCAGAGGUUUUUGAACCUCCAAAAUAUUUAAUGCUUGGUCAACAGGCAGUAGGUGGAGUUCCCAUUCAGCCUUCCGUAAGGACUCAGAUGUGGCUUACAGAGCAGCUGCGGACAAAUCCUUUGGAAGGUAGAAAUACAGAGGAUUCUUACAGUUUAGCUCCUUGGCAACAGCAGCAAAUUGAAGACUUUCGACAAGGAAGUGAAACACCAAUGCAGGUUUUGGCUGGAUCAUCUCGUCAAAGUUAUUCACCUUCUGGCUAUCAGGAUUUCAGUAAGUGGGAAUCAAUGUUGAAAAUAAAAGAAGGACUUCUAAGGCAGAAAGAAAUUGUAAUCGAUCGGCAGAAGCAACAAAUUACCCACCUGCAUGAGAGGAUAAGGGAUAAUGAAUUACGGGCUCAACAUGCCAUGUUAGGACAUUAUGUAAAUUGUGAGGAUUCUUAUGUGGCUAGUUUGCAGCCACAAUAUGAGAACACUUCACUCCAGACACCAUUUUCAGAGGAAUCAGUUUCCCAUUCCCAACAAGGGGAAUUUGAGCAAAAGCUUGCAUCUACUGAGAAAGAAGUUUUACAGCUUAAUGAGUUUCUCAAACAAAGACUAAGCCUAUUUAGUGAAGAGAAGAAGAAACUGGAGGAAAAACUUAAAACUAGAGAUCGAUACAUUAGUAGUCUGAAAAAGAAAUGCCAGAAGGAAUCUGAACAAAAUAAAGAAAAGCAGAGAAGAAUCGAGACCUUGGAAAAGUAUCUGGCUGAUCUUCCAACUCUAGAUGAUGUACAGAGUCAGAGUCUACAGCUGCAGAUUCUGGAAGAAAAAAAUAAGAAUUUACAAGAGGCUUUGAUAGAUACAGAAAAAAAAAUUGAAGAGAUCAAAAAGCAGUGUCAAGAUAAAGAGACACAGUUAAUAUGCCAGAAAAAGAAAGAAAAGGAGUUAGUAACUACUGUUCAGAGUUUGCAACAAAAAGUAGAAAGAUGCCUUGAAGAUGGAAUCCGCCUUCCCAUGUUAGAUGCAAAACAGCUUCAGAAUGAAAAUGAUAAUCUCAGACAACAAAAUGAGACUGCUAGUAAGAUAAUAGACAGCCAACAAGAUGAGAUUGACAGAAUGAUUUUAGAAAUUCAGUCUAUGCAAGGAAAGCUUUCGAAAGAGAAACUGACCACUCAAAAGAUGAUGGAAGAGCUGGAAAAGAAAGAAAGAAACCUACAGAGAUUAACAAAAGCAUUGCUUGAAAACCAAAGACAAACAGAUGAGACAUGCUCUUUAUUGGAUCAGGGCCAGGAAGCUGACCAAUCUAGGCAGCAGAUAGUUCUUUCCAAACGGCCACUAUUUGAUUUGACUGUGAUUGAUCAGCUGUUCAAGGAAAUGUCCUGUUGUUUGUUUGACUUGAAAGCAUUGUGCAGUAUUCUUAAUCAGCGUGCUCAGGGCAAGGAGCCUAAUCUUUCAUUAUUACUGGGAAUAAGAUCAAUGAACUGUUCAGCUGAAGAGACUGAGAAUGACCACAGCACAGAAACACUCACUAAAAAGCUGUCAGAUGUGUGCCAGUUACGAAGAGACAUUGAUGAAUUAAGGACUACAAUAUCAGACCGCUAUGCUCAGGACAUGGGAGACAACUGCAUUACUCAGUGAUCAAGUGUUAGUCCCACAGCAAUAAUGACCUGUUGUUUAAAUGCUGCUGUGUUACAGACUCAUAAUGGAAGGUUGCAAGUGACAUGACUUGCACAUAGGGAUUUUUUUCUGUGGAUUUGUUUUAUUGAAGGGGAGAAGGGAAGUGAAGUGAUUUUGAAGGGGCUUAUCUAAUCAGGCAAAAAAAAAAAAAAUCAAAUUACCUUUGGAAAAUAUGAUAAAAUCUACAAGAAAAAAAUGUCUGUAUUCUCAAACUACUGAUUGUAGGACCAAGCUGUGAAGAGUACCCUUCACAUGAAGGAGUAGGCUUCCCUUUAAUCCUAUAGCUUCGUGUAUUUGUGUGUGCAUGUGUGUGUGUUGUGUGUGUGCACAUGCUUUAUUCACAAAUUUAUAAGGGUUUCUAGGGUCAGAGCAGAGCUUCUGAGAAAGGCACCCGCUGUUUAUUCUUAUAUUUCUUUCAUAUAGAAACUUGUGUUGUACUUUGGGAUUUUCAGUGGCUGGCUUAACAAGAGUUCCAACAGCAGGCAAGUGUUGUAAUGAUAGUACAGCGGGAAAACCAUUUGUAUUUUGAACACUUACUGCACUGAUAGGAUGUUUUGUGGUUGAGCUGAUUUUAGUACUGUAGAUAUGUCAGCUGUUUUUCCAGAGUGAUUGUGGAUUUCCCAAGAGGUGUGAAAUUUUGACAUGAUGCUCUUUUUCCUUAGCGUUGUAAUGUAUGUGUUACAAGAAAGGUUAACAUAACUUGAACUAAUUUUAACAUGUUCCUUACUAUUUACAAUUUUUUAUUUAUAUGUUUUAUAGAUAUACAUAUAUAUCAAUGUAAACAAAGCCAUAUAUAAUUAAUAAAGGCAUUGGAUCAUUAUUAUAAAAGAAAGAUUAACAAAGUUACCCUGGAACGAUAGCUUACUUAUCCAAAUCUCAACAUUUACAUUUUAACAGUUUUGUAUCUGUUUCAAAGUUGAAACUACUGUAAGAGAAAGCCAAUACUGUUUAUAUCUGAAUCAACAGUAGCAUAAAAAUUUUUAAAUUGAAAUGGCAUUUUAAUUCCUUUUAUUAGAUAAAGUACAUUAACAACAAAGUUUUUCAUAGGAUAUGAACUUGACAAGGUUAGUUCUUCAUCUCAAUUACAGGGUAUUACUAUGAAAUGCAAUUGAUUUUCCAGUAGACAUACAGUCAUUUAAACUUCCAAAUGAGUUUUGUCCAUGUUGCUGUUGGUAUUUUGGAAUGAUUAUACAUUUUAUUGCCAUCAGCAUUGAUUAUGUUCUUUUGAAUAUACUUAGUUAUGGCCAAAGCCUUGCUUGUCCUUUGUAAGUUGAUUUGAUCUUGUGAUGCAACCAAGUCUCAUUUAGGUCAAGACUAAAUAAGAGAUGGAGGGGUAGAGGGUGUGACUCAAGCAGGAUAAUAUUGAUUUGAUAAAGAGCAUAUCACAUACCUGUUUUCUUGCCAGAUAAAGGGCAUAGCACAUGCCUGUUUUCUUAUAUUCUAGAAUAAAGGCUAGGAAAUCUAGGAAAGAUUUUUCUUAAGUAUGUAACAAUGAAAAUGUGAGACAAGGCCUUCAAGGAGACUACCCAGGAAGAUACUCAGUUUGAAAUUUUGGCUUAUACAGCUCUCAAUAGAUUAUUUUACAGUUAUAGUUGAAUAAUCAGUUAUAAUACACUGUAAAGACAUCAGAUUUUCAUUCUGUUCAGUGCCUGAGUCCUUCCUGCUCUUCUUACUUCUGAGGAUCUGGGCACUAAGAAAUCAGUACAUUGUAGUGCUUCUGCAUCCCAGAGUCCUUGAGGGUCUUAGUCACUAGUAAGAAUUUGACUUUCUAAUUAUAUUCACUUGGUUUUUUAACAUUAGUAGCUUGAAGAUAUUCAGGGUAUAGUAAAUUUCUACCAAAAAUAUGAUGCAAAGAAUUCUGCCUUGGUCCUUUAUGGUAAAGUAGAUAAUAACAUCUAAAACAGAUCAUCCACAAGUGCAGCAAACAUUUUUACAUUCUCUUUGAAUAGAAUCCCAACCACCCUCCCCCACGAGUUUGGAAAUAAAGGCUUCCUAAAAACAAAUUGACAAACAAUCACUAAUUGGAUCAGUAGGUUCUUACUUAAAUAUCUCUCCUAGAUUUUUAGUGUAUGUUUUGGGAUUUUAUGUUUGUUUUUUGUUUUUAAGCAAGCGUUACAGUUUUUUUUAAAUCUGCUAUAGAUACAUUUUUGUUUUUUGGCUUAGUUGGGGAUAAAAUAAUUUAUUUGUUUUUGUAAACUUUCUAAAACUUAUAGAAAUUAAUUUAAUUCACAUAUCUUAAAAAUAAAAUUCUAAAGUUAAAAAAUUUCUGACUUAGUAGGAAGUUAACAAACUACUGCUGAUGCAUUUCAGUUUCCAAAAUCUGUACCCCCCCCCCAUAAAAAAGGGAGUUAAGAUGUGCUAGUUUAGUUAGUUGAAUUAUAGAUUGACCCUCUUAAAAUCUGGAGUUUGUAAAGGGGCCUAAAUAAACAGUAGAUAGACUUGGGAGGAUUUUGUAGGGGAAUUGAAACUAACAGUAUUCUGGUUUGUCAGUAUUUACUUUUUUAUUUUUAUUUUUCAGAAAAUUUUCCUUUCCCAGGACACCUUCUUGUAUUAGAACGUCCUCUUCUGUAUCACAUUAAAAACAGAUUUUACUGUUAGACCAAAUAAACUGGGCAAAUAGCAACACUAGAGCAUCUCACCCAGUUUGAACUAGGAUGUUCAUGGAAGUUAUGACAGCAGUAUAUUCCUGAAAUGAAAAUUAACCUAAAUUUUAAGGUGAAUCUGUUUGAAAAUUUCCUUAGAUAAUGAAACCUCGUUUUAUUUGUGCUUUUUGUGAAUCCAACACUUGUUUUCUUACAAAGUAUCUUCUCUAGUAUUCGUAUUUUGUUCUUUUGGGUUUUAAAAUUGAGCUUAUUCGGCCUCAGUCACAUUACAGCAAGGAUAAACUAACAGUUGACUCAAUGAAAGACCCAAACUCCCUGUACAGAUAAAAUUCACUGAAUCAAAGGCACAAUAGCUGUCUUUUCACUUGAGGUCAGAAAAGUAAGAUGACUUAAUUUGAACUAUUAAUUUUCAGUGGCCUCUAAUUAAACAAAAACAAAAAACCACAAAUACUGGCUAGGUAAGAUAUUCCUGAGGUUAUUUUAAAAGAAGUGUGGUACCUAGAAUUCAAUAUUUAAUGCUAACAGUAUUAUAUUUUAGCGAAAUUUAUUUUGGUGGUGACAGUUUAUUAAACUUAAUUAGACUUCUUUCAAUAGCUUGUUGUAGAGACAAUCUCAAGGGCUGGAAAGUGUUGCUAAAAUGAAUAUCAUACAUUUCUGAUAUAUUAAGGUGCUUAUCAAGUAAUUCUGUCAUAGUGCAAGAAUUAUUAAUUUCUUAGAGGGUAUUUUUAAAGGAGCUACUUAAUUGGGAAAAUGUUCUUUAAAUAUCAGUAAUAGUUCAUUAAGUAACAUAGUAGCUGAGAACAUGGACUAUAUUUUUACAUAGCAUAGUUCAGCUUAGGCACACCUUUAGUUGGGAUUAUUGGCAUUCUCUUACGUAGGAAUUGCAUCAUUGUAGAUAUGUAAUUAUGGUAAUAAGCAGUUUUCAUAACCAUGCUCACUCAGACUAUAUCAUUUGAAACUGCCACCGGCUGUAACUCUCCAAGCCAAAGUUAAUUCAUUUUGUUUCCAUUUUUGACAAUUCACUGUUCACAAAACAAAAGCGAUUUCGUAUUUGGUAUAAACAGCAAAAUUUCCAACUUUGCCCUAAAAUGCCGUGGGUGGCAUAUUGCCAUAUGAUUAUAUCAUACAUUUAAUCAUGUAGGGGAAAGAUUUUGGAUUUUUUUUCUUAUUUAAAAAAAUGCUAAAUGUAAGAAUAUAGUUUUAAAUCAACAAGUCUAAUAACACUAUUGCGGCUGUACACAGAGAGAACCUUUUGUGCCUUUUUGCCUGCAGUAAGCAUUUAUUUCUAUUUUACAUGAGUUCUGAGAAUGUUGAUUAUUGCACCUUGUUCUUGUGUAAAUAGACUUGAUUAAGGGAUUUUUUUUUUUUUUUUUUUAAGCAAGGAGCUGUUUUUUAUUACUAGGUGGAUACCUUAGUAAACAUGAGAGGAAUUAUCAGAUAUAUGGUUUUGGAGCCCAGCCUUCCCUGUAUAGUGAGCUGGAAACUCCUUUAGAAUGUAUUCAUUGGUGUGUAUGUGUAUGUACAUAUAUGUAUAAUUAAAUACAUAAACAUGAAACUUAACAUCGCAUUGUUGUGAUGACAAGAAGUAGUAAGGUGCUAGGUGGUUACAUUAAAAAGCACAGCACAGUGUAUAAUCAGUCACUAUGACUGGUGGUUUUGUAAACUAGGUUCAGUUUUUGAACCACCCAGAAUACCUCAUGUGUAAAUAUAGUGUUCAUGACUUAAUUGAAAUAGUUAUUGUAAAAAAAAAAAAAAAAAAAGUGAAGCCACUGGUUGGCUUAUGCCUUCUGAUCUAUCAUUCUUGCCUCUUUUUUGUAAAGGGGUUUUUUGUUGUUGUUGUUUUGUUUUUUACUAGGGUUUACAGCUAGAAUUUUGAAUGCCAAAGUUCUAUUUAUUAAAUUAAGAAAAAAGUUUUCAAUGUUAAUGGCUAGUAUUUUUCCACUGGACUAUUGUUUGUUGAUGUUGGAAUUUGUAUUUACAGAGAAAUAAAUUUUUUAU